UUCGAGUAUUUCUUUAUUUAACUCGGAGGCAAAUCAGGAGCAGAUGAAAAUAUGCAGUUUAAAAAACAUUGUAGUGGUACAAACUACAAUCGGCAGGCCAACAGCUCCCUUCUCCACCCCAUUCCGAGGAAUCCGCUUGUAAAACAUAAAUCCAUGCACGUCUUUGUUUUCCUCGUCUGACCAAGCAUCUGGUUUAAAACUGCAGCUGGAUAGCUCUAAUAUUACUCGCCAUUUUUGUUGCAUUUCCAGUGUUAUCUUGGUGUUGUGAAGGGCUGUAAGCUAGUGGAAGAGAAUGUAAGCAGAGAAUGUAAACGGAGGAGAGAUGGGAAAUGAGUGCAGGCUUACUCAGUACCAACAGUCCCGCCCACAAUUCAGAAGUGAAUUUCCAAAUGAACUACUGCUGCCCAGCAGAAACUAUGUCCUAGAUAAUGACAGUAUUUUUUUUUUUUUGGCUAAAAACAGAAGAACCAUAAUAAAAAGACCUCUUCUCACAGUGAGAAGGCCCUGGUUGGGAUAAAGGCUGGGAUGUGCCUUUAUGUGUAGAGUUUGCCUUUUCUCCCCAUGCAUGUGUGGGUUUUCCUACAGUCCAAAGACAUGCUCCAUAGAUUAAUGGGUGUCUCUAAAUUACCCCCUAGUUUGCCCCUGAGUGAGUGUGUGGCCCUGCAACAGACUGGAGACCUGUCAGGGUGUAUUCCGCCUAUGCCCAAUAGUAGCUGGGUUGUCUCAGCAGCCCCAUGCUCCCAGCAGGGAUUCAGCGGGUUCUUAAGAUGUGAUCUUUCUUAUUUUUUUCUAUUUUGCAAAACUUCUGAGCAUUUAAUAAAAUAAAUGGAAUACCUAAAAUCUGUCAAAAUCUGUCUAAUCUGUCACUUUGCUGCUGUUUGGUUUUCAUUAUUAAGAUCUCUUGUAUAUUACUUUAUCUUUACAUUUACUAAAAAAUGUUUUUUUUUCUCGCUUUUUCAUGUGCAAAAUACAUUGAAAAACUGAGAUGUUCUUGGCACCCAAAUGUUCAGAAAUAAUUAAACACUAAAUUUGGAAUGCCAAGCGUUUGUGUUUUUACGUACAUUUCUGUUAAUUCAGGCUCUCCGUGCUCUCUCAGCUGGGAUUGCUGCACAUGUGGCAGCCAAUUAGUGCAGUUAGUUCAGGUAAUGAGGUUGGACCUGUGCACUAAAUACUCUCAGUGGAAGUCAGCUGGAUGCAAAUGAACAUGUACUUUUCGUCAGUACGGUCCUGCCAUAUGGUCUUAGUUCAAAUUAUGCCACACAAGGUUAAUUUGGUACACUUCAUGUAACAUUAGCCAGUUCUGACUAUGCUGUGCAGUGAGGGUGUGGGGGUUAUGUUAGAGAGCUGUCAUUGCUAUGCUGCCAGUAUUUCAUUGCUUGACUUGUUCCAUCAUCAACUGAUAAGACUACAUCUUAUGGCUGUGAUAAAACAGAGACUGCUCUGAAUUAAAGCAUGUGACUGACUUGACUUGUGUUUUCUCCAGUGAAGUCACGGUGUGCAUCCAUUUAGGUCACCGAAGGUCUGCCACUUUCAUUAUCAUUCAUUUUUCCAGAGCUGCAUACCUUUGGAAAACAUUUUUCUAAAGUGGUAGACGGAAAGUGAUUUAUUAAUUCACUACGUGAAGAUUUUAUUAUUCCAAUGCCAUAGCUUUAGGUGACACACACAGCUGCUUUUUGCUGGUCCUGCCAAUGUCUAUUGGUUACUUAGACAACCUAAAAAAAUGAGUUCUCGUUUCCAUAAAUACUGCUCUCUUUUCCCUGUUUUGUGUUUUUGCUUUUGUGCAGGUGUUUUACAUUCAAAGAAACUCUUCACUCUGUGACCAAUGUCUAAAAACACCUCAAUAAUUGAAUGAUAAAUGUAUUCUUGUGUGUUUUUACUUGGGUUUCACUGUUUCUAUUUCUCCACUAUACACCUUUUUCUCCACAAUGCUCUUUGACAUAUAUACACAGCGGGGUUGUCUCUAAAAAAUAAAGUUGAAGUCAUCUGUUAAUAGUUCACCAGCUAGAUAGCAAAUCUUCCGUAGUGUGACGCAAUUGCGUCAUUUUAUGACGUGGAAAAAAUAAUGCAUUUCAUUCAGCGUAUAUUUAUGAUCUUUUUACCUAGGAGAGUAGAUUAUAGUAAAAAAAAGGGACCCAUAGGUUUGCUUUUAAAUUCAAAUUCGGCUUUAUGUGUAGAGCACUUUUUCUACAGAACACCUCAAAUUGAGUUACAUAAAUAAAAUAAUAAUAAUAUUCUAAAUAAAAGUGUUCAUAUUAAAGCCCCUGAACACACAUGUACAUUGUCAAAAAAAAAAAUCCCAAUAGUGCAUAAAAUCAAACUGCAACACGAGGAGAUGUUCAAAAAAGUUACUUAAAAGCUAAGCAAAUAAGAUGAGUUUUUCAUUUUUUGGUUAAAAGGCCAAAAAAUGGAGGCCCUGACCUCCUCAGGCAGGCCGUUCCACAGACGAGACCCACGGUGCUGGAAUGAGGCCUCACCGUGGGUUUUUUGUUCUUGAAGACAAAUCCUUCUGUUUUUGUUAUGUUACUUUCCUAAUGUUGGUUUUUCGUCUUUUUGCUUUUAUUUUGUCCCUUUGUUUUCUAAACCACUUAUAUUAACCUUGUGUAUGAAUUGUGCAAUAGAAAAAUCUCUUGCCUGUGUCAAUUUUCAUUAAAUCUGACAUCACGGUUUCCCUAAAAAUUCCACGUCAAGUGUUAGUUUCUUAACGACAUAAUUUGUUCUCGAGGGUCUCCAAGUAACCCAUUUUAUAUUAUAAAAAGAGUCACUGAAGCUGAAAGAAAAACAGAAAGGUCUCAUGCUACUAAAUGUCAUUUUAACCCUGCCGGAAAUACUAACACCACAAAUGUAAACUUAAAGGAUAAUGCUCUAAAAAAACCAGGUUGGCUUUCAGAACUUACUUUUUCAUGUCAGGAAUUGCAAACUUGUAAAAUUUGUUUCACCAUAUUUGACAUUUUACAAGGACAAUAAAAGGCACGAGGAUAGCUGCAUCCAGAAAUUGUUUUCAUGACGUUUACUGCUUGGAAAAAAAUAGAAGCAUUUUCUUGUUUCCACUUCCAAGUUCAAAGUCGAGGUUAGGAGCAUGACUGGUGUUAUUUUUAUUUUAUUUAUUUUGAUCUGAUGUACUAUUAAGUAAGUCGGGACUUCUUGAUUGCAUUAUCAAAGUGACCUAAAUCCAGUAUAACCAUUUCCUGUUCUUUAAAAUGUUGCCAACAUUUAUGUUUUUAAAAUUCUCAAAACAGUUAAUAAUUUAAGGGUUUCAUUAGAAGAUACACUUGUAUAAAAAAAACACAAAUACACCUAAUUCUAAGAGUACAUUUUUCUAAUUGUAAUCUCUAGAAAAUUUCUGUUACUGAUCAGUUUUUCUCAUUUUAGAUAUUUAUUUGAUGUAAUUUCUACAUGUCAGCUGGGCUGUUUAAUAAUAAGGUUAUACAGAAAGCUCAACCAGUCUGUGUGAUCUUAAUAAAUUAAAUGAAAUAAAGAAAUGAACGUGUGUAUGACUAUCACAAUGUGUUAGUGUUCAAUCGUUUGUAAAAAGUGCCCCCUUGUGGAGACAAAAAAGCCUUGCUUCCAGAGAAAAAGGGCUCUUCACAUUAAUAAUCAAUGCUUCAUGUUGUUUAAGUGUGGGCUCAGUAGAUUUACAGAUUUUAAACAAAUACAAUUAAUUUAAAAUACUAAACAAAUAAAAAAAUGUAAAAAAUUGUUUACAAUUUUUUUUUAAGUAAAACUAACUCAUUUACAGUUGUCUAUGCAUGAACUUUCAUUAAGCUUUCAUUUUUAAAUCUGUGCUGCAAAAGAAAUACAGUUCACUAAAUAGAUGUAUCCACUAACAGCUCAUAGUUGAUGGUUUGCACACACACUUAUAUGGUAAUUCCUAUUAAAUGUAAUUGAACUGUAACAAUAUUUGCAUAAUUCUGAGGCUUUUCUCCAAAAUAUUCACUUCACAAUUUAAGAUAAAUUCUUGUUUUUACCUCAAGUCAGCCUCAAGUCCCCCAUUUUAAUUUAUAGUUUAACAGUUUAAAAUCUAAUUUUACAUUUUUAAUAAAUGAAGUUUUAAAUUUGACCAUAUCCAAGGGCUUUGACACAUUAACAUUGGCUGGUUUAAAUAAUGUUGUUUUCAUGCUUUUCUUUGAAACAAUCACCAAAAAUAUAUCUUCAGUGAAAAUAAUUUUCCUCAGAUUCAAGUAAAUCUUGCAUCUUUCUACAGCUAACUUUAACAAAGCAGUAAGUCUGGGAAACAGAGGAGUGUAAACAAGAAAAAAAAAAGUGCUUUGAACACUUUUUGGGUUACACGAGAGUCAAACACUAGUCCCCUUGCAGCAUUGUGAAGCCCGUGUGUGAUCAUGUCGCGGGUGAUGGGGCACAGUGAAGUCUAACGGCAUGGUGGCCGGGACUUGGAAGCUGCUUGUGGGAAUAAAUGAACAGGACGCAGCUUGUUUACAUAGGAAACAUAAACUCAUCAUUGCUUUACAAUAAAAGGUAACAGGAACACCUGCCAACAGAGAAGCCCAGUUGAUUCAACAGCAGGCUUCCUGGAAUUGUUCUGAGGAACUCGGCUAACGUGAGGCUGCCAGGAGCUCUCAGUUUGUUUCUUCUGCUCUUUUAAACAUGGCUUAAAAAAACUAUUUAUAGUAGCUGAUCUGUAUUAAAGAGGCAAUUAACAGGAAAACACCAAUUUAACAUGUGAAACGCUAAACCUCUGAUGCUGAACUGCAGCAAUUUCCUAAUAAUCUAAAGAAAAAAAACAGUUUAGUAAAUUUCCUGAAUUUGCCUUGUGGAAGUUUUAGAAACAAAGAAAUUAGAUUUACCUUUCAGGUAUUUUUUUUACGACUGUGUUUACGACACUUACCUGAGACGCACUCUCAUCCACAACCUAAACUUGUAAGUUUGGUGUCAUGUCUGAUCCGGUGUGGGAAAUGUGACACCUUGUUUGCAUUUAAACGCGGGUGAGAACUGACAGCUUGCGGCAUAAAAAGGAUGUCUCCGGGACAACGUCAAAGCACUGACAGCAAGGUUGCCGUUUGGAGCCUUGGACCACAACCAGCAGAAGAGUUUCAGGAUUUCUCAUUAGUUUCUGCAUUAUUUCUCAUCAAAGACAUGACUAUCAUCAUUAGAGUCCUUCUUUUUUUAAGCUUAACCUCUACAGCCCUUUUGUUUCCUUAUAAUUCUCUGCAAAAGGAGCCCAGGGUGGAGUUUGAGUCAUCUGGCAGCAGCUCAAAUGAACCUGUUCAGGGAAUAAUUAAAGUGGUGCAGCUGGACCCAGGUAGGAUGAGUCCGUCCAUGUUCUUCAGAAGAGGACUACCCCAUAGGAGAGCAGUUUCCCCACGCUCCAGAGUCCCUUUCCCUGCCUUCCUGUCUCGUGGGCGGCCAGGCCUGGCCUCGGCACCAAGGGCCCCUGUGAGUCCGCUCCACAACCUGAGCCCCCAGAGCACGUCGGAGAUGGAGCUGAAGAAGAAGCAGGGACUCCACAUGUGGCAGAAAGUUAUCGAUAAAGGAGACAAGAUGACACUGCCUGUUAACCUGAAGGAUACCAAGCAAACCUGCACCGCAGUGUCUUUCGAGCAGCAUGUGACAGCAGAUGGAUGCCAAACAGUCAGAGUGCACAACAAGCUGUGUUUCGGCCAGUGCAGCUCGCUCUUUGUCCCGUCUGAGGGGGAGGUUGCGGAGCCGGGUCCCGGGACUGGAGCCUUCCACCACCGGGCCCCCUGCACCCGCUGCGCCCCUGUCAAAGCCCGCACUGUCACCGUGCCUCUGAGAUGUGGGGCUGGGGUCCGGGAGAAGCGAGUGAUGGUGGUGGAGGAGUGCAAGUGUGAGACAAGCCGGGAGCAGAGGGCUGCCGAGGCUGCAGCUUCCACACACCUCUGAUUGGAUCUUUUGCGUUUAACACCAAAUUACUGCCAGAAUGGACUUUCCGGUAUCUAACAAAUGUUCCUUCAUUUGUACGUAAUUUUAGAUAUUUGACUGUCUGGACAUUUUUCAGACCUCAGAAUGAACUCUGGUGGUUUAUCCCACCUAUGACUGUUGACAAAUGACCUGUUUUAAAGUCAUGCAAUUUUCUGUUACAACAGAAGCUGUCCACACUGGAUUUUGAACUUGUUUAGAUUAAUCUAAACUUUAACUCUUGUUAUUAAAAGUGUUUUUAUCCUUCAAA